AUGGCUAAGAGCCCGCUGGUUUUGAACACGGAGAAUCCUGUUACCUCCUCGCGGAUCAAGUACGCGCACACACCCGCGCACACACACAUGAACACACAAGGCUUACCCACGUGGAAACGCUUUCUAACCAAAACACAAGUCCCCGCAUUGCCGGGGGAAAAGGCGGCGGGACCCCCGCGCCGGGGCUUCCCCGUGCCCCGUCGGCCGGCGGAGCGGAGACCGCGACGGGGGCGGGGGCGCGGUGGGACGACCCGAAAACGCAACGUUUUGUCUUUAAACCACAAGAAAAACAAGCCGGGGCGGGGGAGGGGAAGGGCAAGAGACAUCCCCCAGGGAGAGGAAACGGAGAGGAACAAAAACAACGGGCAGCCCUGUCCCCGCUCCCUUCGGACACUCGAAAAAGUGGCCGCCGGAGCCCCCGCGACGGCUGCCGGCCCGGAGGCAGAGGGAAGCCGCCUGCCCCGUCCGCCGGUACCCCGAGCGCGGCACGCCCGCAGCGCUCCGCCCCGGGGCAGGGGGGAGCGGAGACCCCCGAGCGCGGCCGGGGCAGCGCGGGGCGGAGGGCGGGCGGCGGAGCCGAGAGGAACCGGGCGGAACCGAGCGGCUCCUCUGCCACUGCCGCCCGUGCCCCUGUCGGCGUCCCGGCCGGGCUGCCUUGCCCCCGCGCUGCCGGGACUCUCGCUGGAGGAGCGCGGGUUUCGGGAAGGGACUGCCAUCCCUACGUGUUUUCAUGCCGCUCUGUCCGGAGGGUACGCCGCCACCAGAGAUGUUGUUUCCUCACAGCCUCCGGCCAAGCCGCCGCUAGCCCCCCCGGCCGGCCCUCGCAAGGGCAGGCUGUCGGCAGGGCGAGCUGGCGGCCGGCAGAGCCCGGUGCCCAGCCCAGGCGGGCCGGCAGCCCCCGGCCUCUCGGGGCGCAGCCCCGGCCCCCCGCUUCCGCCGCACCGGGAGUGGGCGGGGGGCGCAAGCGGGGAACAAUGCGACGGCAGCCGUCGCGGCUUGCUCCUCUCUUGGGGCUUACCCCAGCAGCCUCCCAGACGAAGAGCGGUGAGGGCUAAACAGCAGGGAACAUCACCUGGACUGAGGCAGUAA